GAGCAAACGUUUCUUAAGAACCACUAAGAGAUCACUAGAUCCGAUAAAUUCGGCACAGAAAUUGUUUAGAAUCAAUCUUUAUCGACAUUACCGUCUUUAGCUGUUCACCAGCAUAUCAUAACAUUACGAAAUAGUUCCUCAUUUGCUCUCUCGCUUGUUUUUUUCGGAAGUUUACGUAAACGAUUGCGAUCCUAAUUUUAGUGAUCAUCACGAGGACAGACGCUGAAAUCGUUUAGAAAGAGCUACCAGAUUGCCCUAAUCGCGAAGUAUCGGGAGUAUAUUUGAAGAAGAAUAUCCUGCAAUCUGUAAGACAAUUGUUCGGAGAAGAAGGAACCAAGUGUGCCAUUGAUAUUUUAAAGUUUGAUCCGGAAGACUGCAGGUUUGUCUUACGGUGCACGGAUGACUGUUAUGUACGCCUAAGGGCAGCUCUGUCACUUGCCGAAAGGUACGAAGGAGAGCAAUGUAUUUAUAGAGUUCAUCGCGCUACAGCAAAUUUGUUAUCAUUUUCUGUGGAUAGCAGAAAUUAUCAGCAUUAAUUUCUAGAGACGUGUUUAUUUAAUCCUUAGUGCCUUUUCAUUCUGAGGAAACAUUGUAUAUUUUUUGUAUGAUUGUAUCGAUCGAUCAACUAUGCCAGUAACUCAUAAGGAAGGGAAAGAUACUAUUAUAUUCGCGUCCAAGGAGGAUCAUGCGACACCUAGCAAGAUAGACCUCCCAGAGCUAGAACCGAGUCCAGGUCUGCUCUUGUCAAAUGGAGAGAUCAACUGGAAUUGUCCCUGUCUUGGUGGCAUGGCGACUGGACCAUGUGGAUUAGAAUUCAGGGAAGCCUUUUCGUGUUUUCAUUACUCGGAUGAUGACCCGAAAGGUUCGGAUUGCUAUGAAGCAUUUAAAACCAUGCAAUUGUGCAUGCAGCAAUAUCCAGCGCUAUAUGGUAACAAGGAAACAAACAUAGAUGAUUUCGAGAAGGACGCAGAAGAGGAACAGGAUGUCAUAGAUGCACAAGAUACCAGUAAAUUCCCAGGCCAGAAGGAUAAAUUAGAAUCGAAAAGGGAAGAGAGGUCGGAGCCAUCUAGUACAAAAAUAGGUAUAGGACGUGCUAAUGUUCAUUGAACGAUCGCCAUCUCGCUAUGAAAUCAAACGUCGGUGACACGAUCGCGUUAAAUGGCACUUAGAGCAAAUUUCUAUCGGGACUUAAUGGUAUAUAGGAUAUCUAUAGUUCACAUAAUGCAUAGAUUGUAUGGGAAACUAUGUUUGAACGAAAUAAAGUAUUCGUAAAUAUUA